UGAACCAAACACGCUGCCCUCAGCCAGCGUCGCGUUUCCAUGGGUGACAAAUUACCGAGCUAUCCCCGAGAUCGCGGCACGGGGCGAAGCUCCUUCUCAACCGAGCAUGGAUCGGCGCGACGGGGCGGGCAAUCGGGGCCGGAGCUACGCGCGCGGCAACGCCCGAGGCCGAGGAUGGCCGGGCCGGUGUGAAGACCGCGGCCGCCCCUCCACACAACCUCCUCCCUCCACCGCCCCCGCCGCCGCGGUCAUCCCCAGCGACGCCCAGCCGAUCGUGGGCACCUGUCCCGACAUGUGCCCGGCUACAGAGAGAGCGCAGAGGGAGCGGCUCCGAGAUCUGGCCGUGUUUGAGCGUGUGAGCAGCGACCCCAUGCGCACGUCCCAUUCCCUCGCCGUCAAGAAGUUUUGCAGAACUAUCUCCUCUACCGGCACACAGGCAUCAGAUAUACGCCCUCUUCCAGUCUUACGAGAAACGAUGGAUUAUCUUUUGCAUUUACUAAAUUCUUCAGAGUACCCAUUUGAGAUUGUUCAUGAUUUCAUAUUUGAUAGAACAAGGUCUGUGAGACAAGAUCUUAGUAUACAGAAUUUGGUGAAUGAUCAAGCUAUUCGCAUAUAUGAGGACGUGAUAAAGUUUCAUAUUCUGUCCCAUCAAAGACUUGCGAGGUCUUGCCAGAAUUCUGAUGCAUCUUCCUUGUGUUACCUGAACACGGAACAAAUGAUGAAAUGCCUUCUUUCUCUGUUUGAUAUGUAUCAUACAAUUCAUAAAAUCAAUUCCCAAAGCAAUAAAGAGGCCGGGUAUUAUUCCUUCUUUGUGCUUCUACAUUUGGGUUGCAAGAUACCCAAUAUGGCAAACUCACUCUCUUUUUGGUACAGCCAAUUACCAGCUUCAAUAGUACGAUCAAAGGAAAUGAUAUUUGCUAGAACUAUAUUGAGAUGCUACCACCUUGGGAAUUUCAAGCGUUUCUUUUGCAUGAUAGCAGCUGAAGCAACCGAGCUUCAGUUGUGUUUGGUAGAACCUUUCCUCAAUGAGGUCCGUGCUAGAGCAUUAAUACACCUCAAUCAUAGCGGCUACAAACUUCAGCACUAUCCUUUGACACAUCUGUCAGAUAUCCUGAUGAUCGAGGAGUUGGAGCUGGAAGAUCUCUGUAGAAUAUGUGGGCUUGAAAUUAGCAGAAGCGGGGAUACUAAAGCGUUUGCUCCCAAACAAACAACCUUCAGCCUACCUACGCCAUUAUCUAAAAGUACUGGCAUUUACAUCUCGAGGGAGAUCGAAAGAUGAUAGAGCAUUGUUAUGUAUGUUUAGUAGAGUGCACAUCGGAUAUACAGUGCAUGUGGCACUUGUUCUGCUGUAAUUCUGCUGCGUGUAAAAGUUUGUAACAAGAACACGAAGGCAAUUAAUACAAGAGAAAUAGAGGCUAAUAAUUGCUCUGCUG